AUGUACGGAGCCAAAAUAAUACACCCGUCUGUCUUCACGUAUACUCAUCAUUUGUUCUUCAUUUUCUUUUUCUCCGUGUCCACUCUCACAUUCCCACAGCCAACUCAACCUACAGGCUAUGACAUGCGCUCAUCAUCUUCCUCCGAAUCAGCUGCCGUUCAUCCAGCCCCAGAUACUCGUCACUCGAACGGAAGUUCCACUGAAGCUCACCUUGAAGUUUCGAACGUUGUUACCUCAUCUGCAAACUCGUGUUCAACCAACAGCCCUGUCAUUGUACGACCAAGUCCUCCAGCAUCAGAGCCAACUAUCUGUUACGCAACACAAAUCCCCUUCCAAGACGUACACCCUUCACUCUCUUCGGUCCCCAGAAUGUCUUUUGGCGAUCCUUCGAAUGAGCGUGAUGUCAAGUCUUCCGAACUACAGGAUCACACGAUUCCUGCAUUCUGCUCCUCUCCUCGGGGACAUACCGCAAGCUCUUUCCAAGGCGCACCCCAACGGUUUCAUCCAGCGAACAAUGUAACCACGUGCAGUCUGUUAAUGUCCGAAUCGGUAUAUGUUCCGGUCACAUCACAUCUCUCCGUGCCUUUGGUUGACCUAUCUGAUCGUGAAGCAACUGCGCUCACUCCCAGAAGCGCUUCAUCAGGUCACAUCUGCAAUGCUUCGCCUUCUUCUGUUAGAGCUGCUGCGACCACACGGCCGUUUCAUUCACCUCCUCCACAUUCACAUCUUCUCCCUCCGGAUAGCCUGGAUCCGAAUACUUCACAAGAGCUGGAAUCCAGUCGUGUCACUCUUGUCCCUGAAUGUUUGCGAGACACACUUCAGUCCUCAUUCAGUUUCAUUCCCUUGAAUAAAUCGGUUGAGUCAGAACCAUCCCGCAUCCAACCCACACCUUAUCGCGCCGCUUCCGAGUUUGCACAGUCGGUGUCGCCCACCAAGCCCCCUGUGUCCCGCCUGCACUUGAUCAACAAGGUGCAUAUGAUCACCGAUGAUGAGGACAGCGACGAGGUGGGGCACCGCAUUCCAAGGGAUCACUCAUCCCCUCGAGCUCCUCGACCUCGCUCCCAUGAAUACGCAUCGCUUUUCGGCGCACCAGACGAUGCGCCUCAUGUGGAUUCAGUGGAUAUUGAUCAGCUGCUCUCAAGGUCACGUCUUCCACCAGAUGAGACUGUUGCUCGAUCACUUGACUCUUGGAUUCAUGCUGCUCAAGGAUUUAAUCCGAGCAACGGACUCACCGACACCUACGGGAUGAGUAAGUUUUAA